AUGUCUACUGGUAGCGUAGGAGCCUACGACGUCAUCGUUGUGGGCGGGGGCAACGCAGCAUUGGUCUCCGCCCUCUCAGCCUACCAGGCGGGCGCCCGCGUCGCAGUAUUCGAAGCAGCACCGGAGACCGAGCAUGGCGGAAACAGCCGAUUCUCAUCGGGGAUCUUCCGUAUUCCGCAUGGUGGACUAUCCGAGGUGCAGACAUUGCUCGAUGGCAGUGUGCUCGAUGAUGUCGCGCACUGCCGCAUGGCGUCGUACACGCCGGAGCAGUACCGCGGGGAUAUUGAGCGAACGAGCAAAGGACACUGCGAUCGUGCGCAGGUGUCUGUCAUGCUGCAGCAUGCAUUUAAAACACUCAAGUGGAUGAAAGACGAGCUCGGUGUGAAAUGGCAGCUGCCACUGGGAAAAUUCUUUGACCGCGAAAAGAUCAUCCGCGCGCAGGGGGUCGUGGACAUGCCGCCUUGGGAUACGGUCAUGGCGGUAGGGGAAGGGAAUGGCCUCAUGAAGGCCCUGUGGGAUGCUGUACGGCAGAGGCCGGGUAUCGAUUCCUUUCAUGAAUCGCCAGUAUCCGGGCUGAUUGCCGACGGCGAUACGGUCCGCGGCGUCACUGUUCGCCGGCGAGAUACCACGCUGCAUGUCUAUGGACAGGUCAUUCUCGCCUGCGGGGGCUUCGAGGCGUCGCCCAGAUUGCGAAGGCAGUUCCUCGGCGAGGGCUGGGAUCUUGUCGCGCUUCGCGGCAGUCGGUUCAACACGGGGACGAUGAUGGAGCAGGCUAUGGCCGUCGGUGCCGCGGCCAUUGGGAACUUUGGAGGAUGCCAUGCGACGCCUCACGAUCUGAACGCGCCGAAAAUCCUUAACCCUAACGACGCGGACAGAAUGAGCCGGUACAGCUUCCCGUAUUCCGUCAUGGUGAACGCGGAGGGGCGAAGGUUUAUGGACGAGGGGGAGAACGUCUUUAGUCUCACGUAUGCGAAGACUGGCGCAGCUAUUGUAAAGCAGCCACAUGCCACUGCAUUCCAGGUCUUUGACCAAAAGACGCUUCAUCUGCUUGAGCCCCGAUACUCUGUUGCAUCGCCCGUGGAAGCUGAUACUCUGGAGGAGCUUGCGACAAAGCUUGGGAUUGACGCAAAUGUGUUCACUGCAAUAAUCAAGGAAUACAAUCAGGCUACCCCCAAAGAUGCAACUGAGCGCUUCCAUGCGUUUACCUGUGACGGCGUGUCUACAGGAACGGCGCUGGAUAUCCCGAAGAGUAACUGGGCGUUGCCGAUCGAUAAGCCACCGUUCGUGGCAUACGGCGUCACCUGCGGCAUCACGUUCACGUAUGGAGGACUAAGGGUCGAUAACGGGGCUCGUGUUCUCAAUGAGGAGGGCUUAGUUAUGCCUGGGCUUUGGGCAGUUGGAGAGAUAGCUGGAGGGUUCUUCGCUUUCAAUUACCCCGGGGGUUCGGGCCUAACCAAGGGUGCAGUGUUUGGAAAGCUCGCCGGUCAAAAUGCGGCACAAAGAGCAAAGGGUAUCAAACUAGCCUAG